AUGUCAGAAUUAUUGGAUAGUUUUGAAACCGAAUUUUCCAAAUUCUACACUGACAGCAGCCUAGAGGAGACGAAUCUUCACAAAUGUAUUGAGCAUACUCAUGAAUUCAAGAACCAACUAAAGAAGCUGAAAGCGCACUUAAAUAAGCAUAUACAAGAAUCAGAGCCAGAGACUUACAAUAAUUUGGAUGAUAAGGAAAAGCAAAAGUUUAGGAGGAAAAGGGAACUAAUCAUCGAAAAACUGAAUAAAUCACAAAGACAGUGGGAUCACUCAGUAAAAAAGCAAAUAAAGCAUGUUUCCCAGCAAUCAAACCGUUUUAACAAAACCACUUUGAACAAACUGAAAGAAUUUGAUAUAGACAGUGUAUAUAUCAACAAAUUGCCCAAAGGAACAAUGAAUAAUGUUGACGAGGCUAUCGGUUACCAUGUAUUAAGAUAUAGCAUAGAUAACAUGCCGCUAGAAAACAAGGAUGAUGCAUUCAAGUACUUGAAAGAUGUAUAUGGAAUUACUAAUAAAGAAUCCACCGAGUUCAUUGAUAUGGGCCAGAUCGUACAUGAUUUGAAAAAGGGUGAUACAGAAAGUUGUUUAAAGUGGUGUUCCCAGGAAAUGGACAGUUUGUCAUCCAAUCAUGCCGCUUUGUCAUCAUUGAAGUUUGAGCUGUAUACUUUGUCAGCAAUGCAAUCAGUGAUGCGUGGGAAUCCUGUGGAAGUUUAUCAUCAAAUGACGCAGCAAGCUCCUUUGGAUUGCUUCAAACACAGAGAGAAAGAAUUGAUAAGGAAUGUUGUGCCAUUGCUAACUAAAUCGCUCAUAGGACAACCCGUUGAAGGAAUCGAUUCUAAGGUAGACGAAGAGUUAAAAAAAUGUGUGUCCUUAUUCAUUAAAGAAUAUUGCUCCGCAAAGCACAUUUUCUUCAACUCUCCUUUAUUUUUGAUCGUCCUAAGCGGGCUGAUUUCUUUCCAAUUUUUCAUCAAGUAUAAGACUAUCAGAGAGCUAGCGCAUGUGGAUUGGACUACUAAAGAUGAGUUACCGUUUGAUGUUAAAUUGCCAGAUUUUUUAACUCAUUUCCAUCCGAUUUUUAUUUGUCCAGUACUAAAAGAGGAAACGACUACAGAAAACCCCCCUUACUCAUUGGCAUGUCACCACGUCAUUUCUAAAAAGGCAUUAGACAGAUUGUCAAAGAAUGGAACCAUCACUUUCAAGUGCCCAUACUGUCCAGUGAACACCUCAAUGAGUAGUACCCAGAAAGUCCGCUUUGUCAUGCUCUAA